AUGAGGUUCUCAACCUCGGCCCUCGUGCUCGGCGCCGCCUCCACCGCGGUUGCCCUGGACCAGCACGUCCUCGGUGGUAACAAGAGCCCCUUCGAUUCCAUCAAGACCACCGGCGAGAACUGGCUGUCGGCUUUUGAGGACAAGUUCGGCAAGAUGACCUCGGAAGCCAAGGCUGUCUGGGACGAGAUCACCUUGCUCGCCCCCGACGCUGUCGAGGCCUUCAAGAAGAACGCCAUGCCGUCCAAGCCCAAGGCCCACACUCGCAAGGCCGACAAGCACUGGGACCACGUCGUCAAGGGCGCUGACCUUGAGAGUAUGGUAAUUGAGAAGAAUGGCCAGAAGCACCGCAAGGUCGGAGGCAGCCUGAAGAGCUUCAACCUCCGCGCCAAGAAGGUCGACCCUUCUGCCCUCGGUAUCGACAAGGUCAAGCAGUACAGCGGUUACCUCGACGACGAAGAGAACGACAAGCAUCUCUUCUACUGGUUCUUCGAGUCCCGUAAUGACCCCAAGAACGACCCCGUCGUCUUGUGGCUCAACGGUGGCCCAGGCUGCUCCUCCCUGACUGGCCUGUUCCUGGAGCUUGGCCCUGCCUCUAUCGACAAGAAGCUCAAAGUUGUCAGCAACGAGUGGGCGUGGAACAACAAUGCCUCGGUUAUCUUCCUUGACCAGCCGGUUAACGUUGGUUACUCCUACUCCGGUUCUUCCGUCUCUAGCACGGUCGCUGCCGGCAAGGAUGUCUAUGCUCUGCUCUCCCUCUUCUUCCACCAGUUCCCUGAGUACGCCAAGCAGGACUUCCACAUUGCGGGCGAGUCGUACGCUGGCCACUACAUCCCUGUCUUCGCCUCUGAGAUCCUUUCCCACGAGGAUCGCAACAUAAACCUGAAGAGUGUUCUGAUUGGCAACGGCCUCACUGAUGGCUGGACCCAGUACGGAUACUACCGCCCCAUGGCUUGCGGCGAGGGUGGUUACCCCGCCGUUCUCGACCAGGGCGAGUGCCAGGCAAUGGACAACGCCCUUCCCCGCUGCCAGAGCCUGAUCAAGAACUGCUACGACUCCGGCAGUGUCUGGUCUUGCGUACCGGCCAGCAUCUACUGCAACAACGCCCUGAUUGGCCCCUACCAGCGCACUGGACAGAACGUCUACGACAUCCGUGGCAAGUGCGAGGACAGCAGCAACCUCUGCUACUCUGCCCUUGGCUGGAUCAGCGAGUACCUGAACCAAGACAACGUCAAGGAAGCUCUCGGCGUCGAGGUCGACAGCUAUGACAGCUGCAACUUUGAUAUCAACCGUAACUUCCUCUUCGCUGGCGACUGGUUCCAGCCCUUCCACCGUCUUGUUCCCAAGCUCCUUGAGAAGAUUCCCGUUCUCAUCUACGCCGGUGACGCCGACUACAUUUGCAACUGGCUCGGCAACCGCGCUUGGACUGAGGCUCUCGAGUGGCCUGGUCAGAAGGCCUUCAACAAGGCCGAGGUCAAGGGUCUGCACGUCGGAAAGGGUGAGGAAUACGGAAAGGUCAAGUCCAGCGGCAACUUCACCUUCAUGCAGGUCUAUGGCGCCGGCCACAUGGUUCCCAUGGACCAGCCCGAGGCUUCCUCCGACUUCUUGAACCGCUGGAUUGGCGGUGAGUGUUCAGAAAUCCGACAUCAUGCCUUCAUACAAGGAUUCUGUAAGUACAAUGGAAUCGGUUUAGGAUCGAUUCAGAAUCAGGACGAUUACAAGACCUACAAAGAAGGUCUUCUCCAGGGCGGCAAGAACCACCGCAUGGAGGAUCUUCCUCCCUUCGAGUUCAACGAGGCUGGCGAAGUCAAGCUCGCCCCUGGCGAACUCUACUGCCGCUGGGUGACGGAGCGGUUCUCGAGCGAGUCGAACCUCAAGAACCACAUCAAGAAGCACAAGCUCGACGGGGUCCCGGCCAAGGUUAAGAGCCGCAAGUCCGGCGCGAACUCCGUCGAGGAGAACGAUGAUGCAGCUGAAUUCUACGACCGCAUCCACGGCAUCGCCAUCGGCGCUCGCGAUGACAGCGAGCUGCAGACUCCUUCCAAGAAACGGAAGGCGCAGACCCCUCCCCCCCUUCUUGCCGUGCCCACGCGCAAGCGGGGCAACCAAACUGUGAUCAACUUCGCCGAAAUGCGUCGCGCCGCCGGCUUCCCUGCCAAGGGCAAGUGCACCUACUGCACCACUGCCCGCAAUGCUAAAUGUCCUCCCGCCCUUCGCGAUCAGGAAUGUGAGGUCUGGGCCCGCUUUGAGGAUGAUGAAGAAGAUGAGGCCUGA